AAAAAAAGGUGGUUAGGUUAGUGAGAGGGCUGUGAUUUUCAAUGUCUGCGUUAGAGGAGCCGUAAACUUGUGGGAAAGUCACACGGACAGCGCUUUUAAAGAGUGCAGAUACUUCAGAAGAAGUUUAAACGACAAAGUUGAGUAGAUAUGCGCGUUUCCACAUUUAUUGGGGUGUUCUCGGGAAGCAGAAAAACACAGCUUUGCCUACUUUUUUCGCAAGGCUUGGAUAAUUAAUAAAGCGGACGGACAGAAAACAGCUUUGAGCUGUUUGGAUUUAAUCUUUUGGCAUUUUAUGGUUGCAGCCAAUUUUCCUGUUUCCAACAAUUCAGUCGGAUAGAAAGAAGCGCUACGUUUUAUCUGGAGUCAUGGAUCCGAGCCAGCACAACCCUCCUGCCGGCCAUCAGAUCGUCCAUGUUCGGGGAGACUCCGAGACCGAUCUGGAGGCUCUUUUUAACGCUGUGAUGAACCCGAAAAACACCAUCACCCCUCCCUCCGUGCCGAUGAGGAUGAGAAAGCUGCCAGACUCAUUCUUCAAGCCGCCAGAGCCAAAGUCCCACUCCAGACAAGCCAGCACGGAUGCAGGUACUGCUGGUACUCUCACGCCCCAGCACGUCAGGGCACACUCCUCACCCGCCUCCCUGCAGCUGGGUGCAGUUUCUCCUGGCACACUGAGCAGCAUGGUUCCAGCAAACGCCCCACCCCAGCACCUCCGCCAGUCUUCUUACGAAAUACCUGAUGAUGUGCCGUUGCCCCCAGGCUGGGAGAUGGCCAAGACCCCUUCAGGCCAGAGAUACUUCCUAAACCAUAAUGACCAGACGACCACCUGGCAGGAUCCACGUAAGGCCCUCCUUCAGAUGAACCAGGCCGCCCCGGCCAGCCCAGUGCCUGUGCAGCAGCAGAACAUCAUGAACCCUGCCUCAGGUCCUCUUCCUGAUGGUUGGGAGCAAGCUAUUACCUCAGAAGGAGAGAUCUACUACAUCAAUCACAAGAACAAAACCACCUCUUGGCUGGACCCACGACUUGACCCGCGUUACGCUAUGAACCAGCAGCGAAUUUCCCAGAGUGCUCCAGUGAAGCAAGGCUCCCAGUUGCCCUCCAGUCCACAGAGUGGAGUGCUGGGUGGAAACAACCAGAUCAGGCUGCAGCAGAUCCAGAUGGAGAAAGAGAGACUGAGGAUCAAACAAGAGCUCCUUCGCCAGAGACCCCAGGGUGGUGUAAGCGUACAAUUUACAUAUGUGCACAGUUUCGAUUUGUCUAAGCAGUUGUGGCCUGGUGUUUUCCUGUGCAGUGGGACAUAUCACUCCAGAGACGAGAGCACAGACAGUGGCCUGAGCAUGAGCAGUUACAGCGUCCCCCGCACUCCUGACGACUUCCUCAACAGCGUGGACGAGAUGGAGACAGGCGAUCGCCUCGGCCCCAGCUCGAUGGCAACACAGCCCAGCCGCUUCCCCGACUACCUAGACGCGAUCCCGGGCACAGACGUGGACCUGGGCACCCUGGAGGGGGAGAGCAUGGUGGUGGAGGGCGAGGAGCUGAUGCCUAGCCUGCAGGAAGCCCUGAGCUCCGACAUCCUCAACGACAUGGAGUCAGUGCUGGCAGCUACCAAGAUCGACAAGGAGAACUUUCUAACCUGGUUAUAGAGCACCUGCAUCCAGCACUACGCCUUCUCUUCCAACAUGCUGAACUGCUGCCUAAUCCAAUCUGUGAAGGAUGUGUAGAUGCUUUGAGUUGAGAAAAGAAAGACAUUUCACCCUACUGGACGUUUUUUUCGUUAUCUUCUGUUCACUACGUUUGGCCGAAUUGGUUUUAAAAGCAGAGGUAUUUUAACCUUUGGUCCUUUUGGGCUUCUUUUUGUUUUCUUAUGUCUUUUUUCAUGUCUGCAUCCUCAAGGCUGGCCCAUGAACAGACAAGUAUCCACAAGUACCCAAAUCUCUUUCACGGCUGUACAAGUAUGUGAUUGUGAGUUUGUGUGCGCGAAGUGUCGUUUCUCCCCUCGCUGGGCGAACAGGGCCAAGAGGGCUCAGAGAGAAAUAAAGACAGACGAACCCUGAAAUCAACCUAGCGCAACCUCCUGUGACUGCAGCUCCCAUCUCAGAACAUCCCUGAUCUCAGCUCGUUUUUUCCUCGUACAGUAAAGAGCCUGAGAAACCAAAAAGCGAUGAAGAAGUCGUCUGUAUGUGAUGGGAUUGUGAUUGAAAGGUCUAAAUGGUAAGGGUUUUAACGUGUGGCUUUGGUUAAACAAAUACUGCUGCUUGGCUGUGCCAGCAUAUCACACUAGAAACUGUGUAAUCAAGUGCCUUCAGACAAAAAAAUUGAAACAUGUUCCCGUCGUUUUUACGCUAGAGAUCAUAGAUCAAAUUUGACGUUUGCUUUGACUUACUCACUUCAUUAAUCAAAGUAUAUUUCGUUCAAAGGUUUUAUAAAAAAUAUUAUGUUGGGAAUUAGGGUUUGAUUUUUUUCUUUUUUCUUUAAAGAACCCUAGCCUCUUUGUGUGUUAGUUUUAUUUAAGCCUGAUUCUGUUUUCUUGAGGGUUAUGGCAUUCAUGUGUGAUCAAAGAACAAAUCUGAUGUUUUAUACAGUUUUAUACAGAACAACUAUUCUAAGAGCUGCCUUAUAGUACAUGAACUAGAUGGACGCUAUCAUUUAUGCUGCAUCAUAAUCAGUCUGAGAGGGGGAUCGCUUGGUUUUGUUAAAGAUCUCUUUUUUUUUUUUUUUUUUUAGUUUCUCAGUUGAUAUGUUUUUGCU